AUGGACGAGGAAGAUCUGAUCGAGCUCGGUCCUGAUCCUAUUGAGGAAGAUCUGAUCGAGUUCGAUCCUGAUCCUAUUGAGGAAGAUCUGAUCGAGUUCGAUCCUGAUCCUAUUGAGGAAGAUCUGAUCGAGUUCGAUUCUGAACCUAUUGAGGAGAUGAAACAUCUUUGCUUGCGGGAGGACUGUGUUUGUACACGUCACGGUGUUCAGGAAGAUGGCGCAACUGCACUUCUAAGUACCACAAACUCCUCAACCGAACACCAGGUCAUCGUCUCGACCCCGUCAUUGAACAACACUCAAUCCGGUGUGCAGACAACUCACAAUACGACCAGCCCCACCGGAAUUCAGGUCGCUCUGCCAAAGAAAGCAGCCGAGAAGAAAGAAGUUGCCACAGCAAAGCAGUACAAGCGAGACCCGAACGUUUGCUUGGUCGGAUUCCAUAACCACUAUUUGUGGGAAACGCUUUAUGAAGCAGGUCACCGCUGUGACGUCUGCAAGAGGAUGCAAACCAAGCACAUCCAUACCUGCCCCAAAUGCCGUUUCAAGAUUUGUUGGGCCUGUCGAUGUGACUAUGGGCUAACCAACAAGACGGCCAAAGGCAGGAGCGCUGUUCUUUCAUUACGCGAAAAUUGUGUUCCAAAGAGCAGAGAGAACAGUUUCACUGACUUGCGCAAAUUGGCCAGCCGCAGCAUCCGAUUGCUGAACUCUCAUCGCAAUUCAUUUUCUAGACCUGUUAUCAUUGAGGUGCUAGUGAUCACCUUCCAAGGUGACUUGACAGCUUGUUGGUCUUGCAACCGCGAUAAGAGGGCUUAUCGGCCAAUGAAUUCGCCUCUUUACGCGGUCAAGACGCGCUCCAAAGUGCCACCGCGGGGGGACAAACGACCCAAGACACACACCUCAAUCAACAUGCUUGAUACGUCAUCUAUGCAUUUCAUUUUGCCUGGCAUCGUUUGCCUGACAGCACCUCUGCCGCAGACUCUCUCCCAAAACCAUCUGAACUUCUCGUCUCACUCAGCAAAGAUGCAGCAAUCACAGCUGGACCCUCUGCCCAGCGACUUGCCCUUCAGGGUCAUCUCAAAGACUAUUGGGCGAGGGGCUUAUGCAUCAAUCAAGAAAGCUGUUCCUCUGGACGCAAACACGCCCGUCUUCGCUGUCAAAUUCAUCCACAAGGGUUACGCCGUCAAGCAUGGCCGCGUGUCGGCAAAGCAGCUCCUCAUGGAGGUGUCACUCCAUUCACAUGUCGGCCAGCACCCGAACAUCAUUGAGUGGUUCGCUUCGGGAGAGGACAGCAAUUGGCGAUGGAUUGCCAUGGAGUUUGCCGAUGGAGGCGACCUCUUCGACAAGAUUGAGGCAGACGUGGGCGUUCACGAGAACAUUGCUCAUCUCUACUUUCUGCAGCUCAUCAGCGGCGUGAGCUUUAUCCACUCAAAGGGCGUGGCGCACCGAGAUCUGAAGCCUGAAAACAUUCUGCUAUCCGAGACGGGAAGUCUGAAGCUCGCUGACUUUGGCAUGUCAACUAUGUUCGAGUAUAAGGGUCAACGAAAGACGAGUUCCACCCUUUGCGGGAGUCCACCAUACAUCGCGCCUGAGAUCCUCGCGUGCGGCAAGGCAGAGAAGAAGGCGUCCCCGGACGCAAUCAAGUACUCGCCAGAUCUCGUUGACAUCUGGUCAUGCGGUGUUAUUCUCUUCGUACUCUUGGUUGGCAACACGCCCUGGGAUGAGCCGUCGAAAGGUAGUUGGGAGUACCAGGAGUACGUGCGAACGAACGGCCGCAGCACAGAUGCGCUUUGGGGGAGGAUACCGUCAGAUACCUUGUCGCUACUUCGAGGCAUGAUGAAUAUUGACCCGAGCAAACGCUUCUCUUUUCGACAGAUCCGACAACACCCGUGGUAUACCAGGCAAAACCCACAUUUGACAUCGGACGGCACGAUUUCCGACCCGAUCAACUUGGCCACGCAGAUGCUAGAAAGUCUCAAGAUCGACUUCAACCAGCAACCUACAGCCUCCCAAGGCAACCCGUCCAGCAGUGAUCCCAUGGAUAUCGAUAGUGCCGGCAAGGUCUCCUUCACCCAGCCUGAAACACCCAUCAACGACGUCGCGUGGGACUGGGAGCGCCCUGCCCUCAAAGUCAUGAACCCCAUUGCCGUCUCCUCCACACAACCUCUGACCCGAAGUGUGAGCGGUGUCGCCAACCGACGCUUGUUCAUGGAAUCCCUCGCAGAGGAGCCUUCCAUCAGCCAGUUCUCGCAGACCCCUGGUGUCCCUCUAACACUCACCCAAGCGGCCCGUCGCUUCCGCGACAUCGUGCCAUUCGAAUCCCUCACACGCUUCUUCUCUCACGUGCCGCCCCAGCUCAUCGUGCAGAUGCUCAGCGACGCCCUGCACCAGCUCAACGUCCCGCUGCCGCCCGUCACGCCGAACCUGUACUCGGACCACAUCAUCAUCAUCAAGAUCAAGACGCUCGACGCGCGUCGACAGUCGCUGCAUGGCGAGAUUCACGUCGACAAACACAAGCUGCCCGAGGAGCAGGAGCUGCUGGAUAUUCGGUUCGUGAAGAUCAAGGGAGACCCGUUGGAAUGGCGCCGGUUCUUCAAGAAGAUUGUCGUCCUCUGCAAGGAGGGCGUGUACGUGCCGGAUGCAUAG